CAAUGAGUGUGUGUUUGUGUUUGUGUGAAUGUCCGGGGUGGCCAAACACUGACCGACUGAGCUGAGGUCAAGGUGUGAGGCUGAGCCGUAAAUUGUUAGAUGGGAUGCUGCAGGCUGACAGCCAAUUUGUCGCCCGAUGUUCCUGAGAGGAGAGCGGACCUGAAUGUUUGCAGCUCUGCUGGUGGAGGGCCGACCAUGUCCACCGAAGCGAGAUCAUGACUGUACUCAACGAGUCGGAGACCUCCCCUUCCUCCCUCCCCUUCUCCUCCCUCCAGCACAAUCUCUCCCUCCUCGUCACCCAUGACCCUUCUUACUCCCCCAUAUCCUUCCCGACCUCCUCUUCCUCCCUGACCUCCUCUAACUGCACCAGCCCGUCCUCCUCUUCCUCUCCCACCUAUAACUUCUACGCCGUGCUCCUGGUGCUCCUCAUCUUCUGCGUGGUGUUCGGGAAUGUGCUGGUGUGCGUGGCCGUGUCACGGGAGCGCGCCCUGCAGACCACCACCAACUACCUCAUCGUGUCGCUGGCCGUGUCCGACCUGCUGCUGGCCACGCUGGUCAUGCCCUGGGGCGUCUACCUUGAGGUAGUGGGAGAGUGGCACUUCAGUCUGAUCCACUGUGACAUCCUGCUCACCCUGGACGUCAUGAUGUGCACCGCCAGCAUCCUCAACCUCUGUGCCAUCAGCAUCGACAGGUACACAGCGGUGGCCAUGCCGAUGCUCUACAACACCAGGUACAGCUCCAGGAGGAGGGUGGCAGUGAUGAUCGCUGUGGUGUGGUUCUUGUCUUUUGCCAUCUCCUGCCCUUUACUGUUUGGACUCAACAACACCGCAAAUAGGGAAGGCACCACAUGCAGCUUUGCAGAUCCAGCCUUCGUGGUCUACUCAUCCGUGGCCUCCUUCUACGUUCCCUUCAUCGUGACUUUGCUGGUGUACGCGCAGAUCUGUGUGGUUCUGCGCAAACGAGGCAGACGGACCGCCCCGCGGCGCAGACAGGCCCUGCCUCCCACGCUGAGCGCUCCUGAGGCAGGAGAAGGUCAUCGACACAGGAAGAAUAAGUGUACACAACCAGAGGAUGUGAAGUUGUGCACCCUCAUCCUGAGACCUGCUACUGCUGGCCCUCAGCGAAAGAAAGUGACCCUGGUAAAAGAGGCGGUGGUCCAUCCCCUCGAUGUGGAGCCGGGUCGGUUCCUGCCGCAGACCGAGCAGAGCCUAGCUCCUCCUCCUGUUGCUCCCCAGACUUCCUCCCAUGCAGGACGGGCCAGGAUCUCCUUGGCCAUCUCUGUUGGACCAGCCCCGGUUCUUCCCUCAACAGUGACACGAUCCUCUCUGAUGCCCCGCCCCCCAACCCUGGAGGACGGCAUGAGGGGCCGUGAGGGAUGGCGGGAGCGCAGUGGAGGCAGAGAUAGGUGGGGGAUCACCAAGGAGAGGGUGCGAGGGAGGCUGUCCCAGCAGAAGGAGAGGAAGGCGACGCAGAUGUUAGCAAUUGUACUCGGUGUGUUCAUCAUCUGCUGGCUGCCUUUCUUCCUCACCCAUGUGCUGAAGGCUCACUGCAGGAGCUGCUGUAUCUCCCCCUCGCUGUACAGCGCUGUCACCUGGUUGGGAUACCUCAACAGCGCCGUGAACCCUGUCAUCUACACCACUUUUAACAUCGAAUUUCGCAAAGCUUUCAUCAAGAUCCUGCACUGCUGAGAGCUGGAGAUGUGGCGAACAUUAUCAGUCAAGAAAUAAAGCCGCUUGACGUUUGAGAUGCAGAAGUCGGGCAAUAGAUUUCAUGUCGGAUUAGGUAAUUGGUACAAGCAUCCAAAAAAAAAACUUGAGACAAGAAGAAUGAAAGCAGCAACUCCUGCAAGACUGAAGAGGACAGAAACAUGGCACACAGAGAGAAGGGAAUAAAUAAAAACUAGAAAGGAGAGAGGGGCUGACAAUUAAAAGACAGCUAUAAGAACCAAAAACAAGCUGGAGAUGUGUAUAGAGAAACCACACACUGAGUUUUGUAAAUAGAAUCUGAAAAGAGAAUAUUUGAGGACUGUGGAUCUCUCUGCAGCAUCCUGACGGAAAGACUGCGCACACUUGGGACUCGUGGAGACGUGACUGUUUUCACAGUGCUGGAUUUGUGUCAGAAAUGUUAUUGUGUUGUCUUUUUUUUUUCUUAUAAUCUCGACAAAGAGCAUAUUGUUAUGUGUUUGCAUGAGCUUGUCUCUCUCAGAGGACUGGAACAAGCCAAGGCAAAGAAGAACAAAGAAAAAAACCUUGACGUUUGAGUGGUGCAAGAUAGAGAUUCACGCACAACGCAAUGAAAACCGAAAUUGAAGUUACAUCAAGGUAGAAUUAUUGAUGUGGUUGUAAAGUGCAAACAGAAUCCAAAGACAGAGUUUUAUGUAAUGAAUUGGUUACAUGAUGUGAUGAAAAUGUGUGUUUGAAUGUAUGAUUUGGUGCAGUAAAUAAUCGUACUGAUUAAGAAGAGGGAUCACAGUUAAUGUUCAACCGUCGAUCAUAAUAUUAAAAACAAAAGUAUUAUGUCA